AUGGACGAAGAUAAAUUUGCUUUAGUAGAGAGAAUAAUAAAAGAUAUUCAUCUUGUUUUAGCCAAAAUCGCUGAGUUGCGUGCAUUUGAUAUCGUACCUGUGGAUACAAAUAUUCGGAACAAGUCGCCUGUUUUACAUUUAGAGAAUUGCCUUGGUCUUGAGUCUUGGUGCAUUAAACAUGUUUAUAUGUACAGCUAUUCUGAAAUCAUUGAUAGAUACUGUACUAAGGGCAGACGCAAAACUUUUAACGUAUCUUUGAAUUCAGAGCGUUUGAUAAAAUUACUGAAUGUUACAUUAUUGCUUAAUCCUGAAUUAAGUCUAUUUUGGAAUAAAAGGCGCAUGCUGGUUUUAAAAUGUUUAUUAGAUAAAUUUUAUGAGUUACAUUUCACAAGACUAAUUUUAUCAAGAAAACCAAAGUGUAAUGAUGCUUUUACAUACAGAAGAUGGCUUUUAGAUAUUAUGUUUAAAGAUGAUUCAUUGCAAAACAACAACAUUCAGGAUAUCAUUAAUGAAGAAUUGAACAUUUGCACUUUAGCCUCAGAUAAAAGUCCAAACAAUUAUCACAGUUGGAACCAUCGUAUUUGGUUAAUUAACAAAUUAAAAACUUUAGAGAAGCAAUUUAAUGUGCAUUAUCAAUAUAUCAAAGAAUAUAAUUUUUCUGAACAAUGGAUAGCCAAGAAUGUCUCUGAUUAUAGUUGUUGUCAUUAUCGACAAUUUUGUAUUAAAAAUGUCUAUUUACUCAAUGAUGAAUUGUGGAUAAAAUUCACUAAUUCCGUCAAUCUUGAUUUAAGAAAAGUUUUUGUUAGAAUUCUUGCUGCUAACUUUCCUAAGGACUCUACAAUUCAAGUUUCAGAAGAUGAUUUAUUGACUUAUUCAGAAAACAACUUGGUUAACUUGCUAUUGUUUCAUUCUGUUAAGAAAUGUUACUGCAUCUUAGAUAAUGUUUUAGUAUGUCGAAAGUUAGAAAUUUUAUUCCAUGAAUUAGCAUUAAAUAAUGAACUGAUAAGAUUUUAUAAACAUCAUGAGACAUUAUGGUAUCAUAGGCGGUUUAUCAUUCAUGAAAUAGUUGGUAUCAUUUAUGAACAUUUUUGUUUAACUAAAAGUAAUGGCUCAUUAAUUAGAAAUACCUGUAAGAAAUGUACAUAUGAUGAUGAAAGACAGAAACAAGCUAAAAUGGUGCGGUAUGACAGUAACUGUAUAUAUUCUAGUGUGCUGUUCACUGUUCUACUUUCUCAUGAGAGAAAAUUUGUAGAGGAAAUGAGAAUGAAUUUGGAUAACUAUGCUGAUCGUCAUGAAAAAUACCUCAAAUUUGUUGAAGGCUUCAGUAAUAUUAUGUAA